UCCGCCGCCUCCCCCGCGCCAGCCGCGUCCCCGCGCCGGAGCCGCACGGCCCAGCAGCGAGCGCCCAGCCCGGCCCGGCCCCGCCAGCCGCCCCCCAUGGAGGAGCAGCCCCACCACCACCAUCACCACCACCAUUACUACUACUACGGCCACCACCACCACCACCACCCGCAGAGCGCCUACCUGCCGCCGCCCGACGGCCGAGCCCAGCCCAAGCCGCCGCUCCGCCACGAGCACAAGCACGGCGGCCCGCAGCACACGGAGGCGCCGAAGCGGAGACCAGGCUACGGAGAACUAAAUGGUAACGCAGGAGAAAGAGAAGUGUCACUGAAGGGCCUGUGCUCUGAUGAAGCCACCGCCCCAGGAUCCAGGGUACCCAAUGGCAGCCAGCAGCUCGUAGAUUCUAAUGUCCCCCCAAAGCAGACUGUGAAGGCCAGUGCUUUGGGGAAAGCUGGAAUCAAAACCAAGAACUUCGUUCAGAAAAAUAGCAUGGACAAAAAGAAUGAGAAGUCCUAUGAAAAUAAACUUAGAGAAGGCCAGUCCUCAGACAAGCCAGAGGGAGUGUCUAUUCCAAAUGGCGUGGUAACCAAUAAUUCCAGCUAUAUCACCAAUGGCUACGUAGGCAAAGGGGCCGAUAACGAUGGUAGUGGCUCCGAGAGUGGAUAUACUACGCCUAAAAAACGGAAAGGCAGGCGCAACAGUGCCAAGGGUUGUGAGAACCUGAAUCUAGUACAGGACAAAAUAAUGCAGCAGGAGGUCAGCGCACCAACCUUGAAACAGGAACUUGAGAGUUUCAAGCCUGAUUAUAGUGAACAAAAGGGGAACCGAAUUGAAAAUACUAAGCCUGUUUGGAAGUACGAGGCUGGGGCUGGUGGAGCAGGCCGGGGAAAGCCUGGGCUUGGGGAUGUACCCCGGAAAAACUCUGAUGCCAAACCUGGGAUUAGCAGCAAGAAGUUUGAUGACCGGCCCAAAGGGAAGCACGCAUCGUCGGCUACGUCUAAAGAAGACUCAUGGACCUUAUUUAAACCACCCCCAGUUUUUCCAGUGGACAAUAGCAGUGCUAAAAUUGUUCCCAAAAUUAGUUAUGCAAGUAAAGUUAAAGAAAACCUCAACAAAGCAGCUCAAACCCCAUCCACUUCGUCGUCUUUGUCAUCUUCGUCAUCUGCCAGGGAAGCUCAGGCCCAAACAUCGAGUCGACUGUCCCAGGUCCCCAUGUCUGCGAUGAAAUCUGUCACCUCUGCCAGCUUCUCAAACGGGCCGAUCCUCGCGGGGACCGAUGGAAGUGUGUAUUCCCCAGGGACCCAGCCACUGCUCUCAACUGCUGCUAGUACUGUACCAUCGACCUCCUCCGAGUCAGUAGCCCAGGACAUGAGUACAACUUCGACAGCUCUAGAACAAAAGAAAUCUGGCCUUUUUAUCUACCCUUCAAAUAUGCAAACUGUGCUCCUGGGUGCAGCGCAAGUCGAUUUCCCUUCGCAGACGAAUCAGCAGAACCUGGGCGAUAUCUUCCAGAAUCAGUGGGGCUUGUCUUUCAUAAACGAGCCCAGUGCUGGACCCGAAACUGUUGUGGGGAAAUCUGCCGAUAAUCAGUUAAUGGAAGUGACAUUUCAAGGGGAAUAUCCUGCCACUUUGGUUUCACAGUGUGCUGAAAUCACUCCCUCAGGAACUGAACAACCUGUGUUUCCUAAGGCUUAUGAGCUGGAUAAACGGACUAGCCCUCAAAUUCUUAGUGCUAUUCUUAAGCCUGGGACUGCUGUUGAGGGUGGUGUCUUAGCUUUGGAGUCGCAUCACACAGGUGACCUACAAAAGGCAGACACCGGUAGCCAAGGUGCUUUAGUGUUUCUUUCAAAAGACUAUGAAGUAGAGAAUCCUCUGGCCUCUCCUACGAACAAUUUGCUAUCCUCCGCCAAAGAACAGAGGUACCAGAGAGGCCUAGAAAGGAAAGAUAGCUGGGGUUCUUUUGACCUGAGGGCUGCUAUUCUAUAUCACACUAAAGAAAUGGAAGCGGUUUGGAAUUUGCAGAAGCAAGAUCCCAAAAGGAUAAUCACUUAUGAUGAAGCCAUGGAUCGCCCGGAUCAAUGAAGGUAGCAAGACAAGACUGCCUGUUAUAACCUUUCUACAGCAUUUGUGCUGUUCGUGGGGGACAAAAAGGCUUUUAUGCUCCUUCUAAAUCUUCAGUGCAGCAGAGGAACCAUAACUAGAAUCACAGGAUAAUAUAUACAAAUAUAUAUAUAGUUAUUUAAAAGUGGCAACUGAAAGUAAUUAGACUUCUUAAGGAAUCUGAAAAUUUAUUUCAACGAGACUACACACGUGAUUAUUUAAUCUCCGGUACUGAAUAGAUUUUUUUUUUUCAUUUUUGUUUUGUUUUGUUUUUGUUUAAAGAGUGAAUGCAAGUGAUUAAGGAAUACAGACUCAAUUACAAGCCCGGUUUCAAAGUUCCUGCUGUCGUCUACAUGGGCAACAGCAACCCACUGGAGAGGCAUUUCCACUUGACAAGGUUUCUGUUUCUUGUUCUGUGACUGUAGUGACACACUAAUCACAGGGAAAUCAGGAUGAUUCACCAUCCUUCAUCUCCCCUUUCCCUUUCACCUCCCCCAUUUAGUUUCUUUUUUUUUUUUUUCUGGUUUGUUUUCCAUUGAAUGCUGGAGAAACGCCUUGAAGUUUGCAGAGUUUCUUUUUUUUUCCAGAGAAUUAUAAGCCGCAUGUUUUGCCAGGAGUAAAGCAGCAAUCCUAUGUGGGGGAUAUUGUCUAAAACGGCUCGUUCUGCUGAGGGAAAGAUGGUAAUACUGCAGUUCUAGGAUGCAUGGUGAAGUCACACAGUUGACCUGGCUCCUGUUACACAUUGGACUAUUGCAGCUGAAGAGUUAUUUCAUUUUAAAAGACAACGUGGAAAAAUAAGCAAUCUGUUUAGGCAUUUAAUAUGGGAAAAAACAACAACAACAACAACAAAAACCCCUACUGUUCCCACAGUUUAAUGCCAUUGUAUUACUGGGAGCAAGAAAAAAAAAAAAAGACAAAAAAAAUAUCUUCUGCUUUCAACUGUAGGUGCUUCAUAUUUGCUCUGUCUGUCUCCUAACACUAAAUGUGCUGGAUUUUUUUCCCAUUUUCAAUGGAAAACUGAAGAGGAAUUGAGUUCUGCUAACUUUCAUCCUUCUUGAAUUAUUUUUUCUCUUAAAAAAAAAAAUUAAAAAUAACAAAAAAAAGAAAAAAGUUUAAAAAAAAAAAAAAAGAAAAAAAAAGAAAAAUGGGAAUUUGAAUCCUUUUCAAUUUGUCCAUAGAACGCCAAUGGCUGGGCUUCCUGCCCCUUGGAAAUGCUCUUUUAUAUUUUAAUGCAGUCUGUGUAUUUCCGGGCUCUGCUUCUAAUUAUCUCUUAAUAAAAAUAUAUUUUAUUACAAAAAAAUGGAGGACUUAGGAAUGAAAAUAAUAAUUUAAAAAAUAAUUAAAAAAAAAAAAAUCCCAGGGAAAGGAAGGCUUCCUAGCAGUGGUAGGGAAGGCUGAGCAGAGUGCAGGCUCCAGCUGUGUAACCCACUCUGUCCCAUUGCAGCUUGUGUCGAGUGUCCAAAUCAUCUGGGGGUUGGGUAGUUUUUCUGGGUUUUUUUUAAAAGAUGGAACGGUCACAGGGUCCAGUGCAAGAGUGAGAAGUGAAUAAAGCAGAAAUGGGUUUGCUGACCAGCCCCAGCUCCACACAUGCCCAAUGCUCAUUGUGGGUGUCUGUGGCUGAAUCCUGGCUCCUGGUUAUCAAGGUCAGCAGCAGUUGGUGUGUCCUAAAAUUAGUCUGGACCCUGUGGGGCAUUACAGGAAGCAGAUAAACCCAAAACUUUUGCAUACCCCUUGUGCUUAGAUUUAUCCAUCAGGCUGGUGUCUGGUCACUAGUGGGGUUCCACAGGGCUCCAUCCUUGGCCCAGCUCUCUCCAAAGUCUUCAUUAACAACCUGGACACAGGACUCGAAGGGAUACUGAGUGAGUUUGCUGACCACAGUAAAGUGAGAGGAUCUGUCACCUCUCAAGGGCACAGAGGUCCUGCAGAGAGACCUGGAUAAAUCAGAGAGAUGGGCAGUCACCAACUAUAUGGAGUUUAGCAAGGGCAAGUGCUGAAUUCUGCACCUGGGACAGGGCAACCCUGGCUGUGUGUCUAGACUGGGGAAUGAGAUGCUGGAAAGCAGCACUGUGGAAAGGGACCUGGGGGUGCUGGUCCAUGGCCAGUUGGCCAUGAGUCAGCAGUGCCCUGGCAGCCAGGAGGGCCAACUGUGUCCUGGGGGGCAUCAGGCCCAGCAUUGCUGGCCCGGUGAGGGAGGGGAUUGUCCCUCUCUGCUCUGCCCUGGGGCAGCCUCACCUUGAGUCCUGGGGACAGUUUUGGGCACCACAAUAUAAAAAAGAUAUUAAGUUGUUAGAGAGCAUCCAAAGGAGGCCAUGAGGAUGGGGAAGGGUCUGGAGGGGAAGCCAUAUGAGGAGCAGCUGCGAUCACUUGGUUUGUUCAGCCUGGAGGACACAGGGAAAAGCUCACUGUGGUCUUUGCUCUCCUCAUAGAGGCAGAAGAAGGGCAAGUACUGAUCUCAUCACUCUUGUUACCAGUGACAGGACCCAAGGAGAGGGCCUGAAGCUGAGUCAGGAGAGGUUUAGGAUGGAUAUCAGGAGAAGGUUUUUCACCCAGAGGGUGGUUGAGGACUGGAACAGGCUCCCCAGGGAAGUGAUCACAGCACCAAACCUGUCUGAGUUCAGGAAACAUCUGGACAACGCUCUCGGGCACAUGGUGGGAUUGUUGGACUGUCCUGUGCAGGGCCAGGAGUUGGAAUCACUGGUCCUGAUGGGUCUUUUCCAACUCAGCAUAUUUGAUGAUUCUAUGAUCUGCUUUUUUGUUUUGUUUUGUUAAUUAGGAGUAUGUAGCAUGUGUUUUUUUAAUUGUUUUUAUACUUUUAAUAAGAUUGUUCCUGAAUGAGACUCUUGGGUUCAUGGUGGGACGAUGAAACUGAGUUCUGUACCUUGUGUAAGACGCUUAGCUUUCUGCCACGCUUAGUUUUAAACGUAUGACUAUGGAUUGCCUACUCCAUUUGAUGUAUCAACCACUAUAUAGUAUAAUACUGAGUGUGAUACUAUAUAGUCAUCAUGUAUUGUAUCAGUCCAGGUUCAGAAACUUGUGGUUGGCCAGUCGCAAAUAGUUCUGUUUCACCUAUAAACUGUACCACCUUUACAGGUGUGUGUAACUUUGAGAUGUAUAACAUGUUUACAGAUGUGCCCGACAUCUAGUCCUCCGACAUCCCUAUUUUAAUUCUGUUGAGUCUCCCAACUGCUUGCCAAAAGUCGGAAUUGCCUCCGGCUCCACCGGCGAAGAGCUGGGGCAUUCCUGAGCUUUAAAGUGUUGAACAAACUGGAUGGUGGGGACUGGGAAUAUUAAGGUGGAAGAAGUGUUCUUUUUCCUUUUUAUUAUUAUUUUCAAAAAGUUGAAGGCUAGUAGCAAAGUUUCCAGUUUGUUUUACUGGCUUUAAGGCUCUGCUGUGUAUUUAUUUGCCUUGUGUAGUCACUUGUCGCCUUAAGGGCUAGGUUCCAUUAAAAAAAAAAAAAAAAAAAGGAAAAAAAUUGCAAAAACACCCUGUUUUGCUUCCCUGGGGUCUGUGCUGUCCUGUACUCCUAUCCCAGAUCUGCACUGGGGGCCGGGGGGAUGCAGGAGCUGAGCAGCACUAACCGGUGCUGAGGACCCUGCGCCUUUAGAACGGUCUGAGACUUGCUGAAUAUUGGAGGACUCUCAUCUUGACCUAGUCCAGUCUUUCAUUUAACUAGCAAAAGAACUGCUGAGAGAAACAUGGUUCAAGCAAUGGGUUGGGUUGGUUUAUCCCUGAUGCUCAUCCCUGUGGCUUUGCCUCGCUGUGCGUGGCCCCUCGCCAGCGGGACCCAUCCAGAAACACCCUCGGCAGCACCUUCUCUGCUGUAUUUCUGACCAUCCUCUGUUCAGACGUCUGUCCUUCUGUCUCCGUGAGCUCCAUGGUGUGUGCUCAGCGCUAAGCAGUUAGGAAUUCCUCUCUCUCAGCUCCUGUAGCUCCAGCUCCCCAGGAUUUCUGGGAUAGACUAUUGCCUAGAGCCAGGCAGGACCGUGGAAGGAACUUCCUUGUGCUGUCGUGUAACUCGCCCUGUGCUGUCUGCAGUCCUCCCCAAGUCCUCACACAAUUCUUAACUGAGCACUUAUUAAAAAUAUCUUAAGAUUUAAUCUGUUUUCUGAUUAUUUUUGUGUAAACUUAUAAAAAAAAAAAAAAAAAGAAAAAACCUGAAAUUGAGCUGUGACUAAUUUAGCACAUUGAAAUAACGAUAAGGUGUUACCGAUAAGUCUCAUGUUUUGUUUUUGUUUGACUCAGAGUAUUAGUACUGUAGCAUAAACCAAAUACAGCCUGGGAAGGGGAGCAGCAGCCUCCUGUCCUGGGUCUGCACCCGAGGGUGUCUGUGGGGGCGAGGAGCCGGCGGUGCGUGUGAGCAUCUGAUGUGUAAGGAGAGCGAGCGUGUAUUUAUUUGUGCCAUUGUUUUCAUUACACUGAGUAAAGUAAGUUUUAAAACAAAACCCCCCUAAGUAUGUGUAGUAUUGGAAAGUGGCACUAAGGGUGAGAUCAUGACCUAUUUUUUUAUUAGCUAUGAAGAUACUAAUUCAGGUUAAGGAUUCUCUCUCAUUUCUGUUCCUGUUGUGAGUUUCCUUGGCAAACUGUGUGUUUACUGGAGUGAGGAUUCCUGUGAGGACAGGGGCUGUCUCCUUUCUCCUCUGGUCAUUCAUUCCCCACCAUUCCUCCUCCACCAGCAGGUUCUUCUGUACAGGGUCUUGUGUAACAGAGGCUGAAGUGCCAGCCAGAUCCAGCUCGGAAUCUGCGUGCUCUUUGGUGGAUCAGGGGGCAUUUCAUCUGCUCCAAGAGGUAAUUUAAAAAUUGCUCUCUGUUCCUGGUGACAGUGGUUUGGGGCCUUCAGCCUCUGCUCUCUCCCACUUCACCCAUCUGGUAGAUUGGCAGUGUGUUUCCUUUCAAGGUUUGGUUGGAGUUUGGUUUUGGUUUAAACCCACCACGAUCCUCUGUGAAACCUGUUAGAAAUCUCUUUUCUCUUUGACCAGUGGGUAGCUCCAGGGCAUGGAUUCUGCCACUAACCCACUUCGAACCUUUCAGAACCAUUAAAUCCCACUGUUUGCCUUCGGUAGCUGCUGUGACCUUCUUCAAAAUGUGGAAAGAAACCCCAAUUCUCAUUAGGUUGCAAAUCCACUGUUUGGUGGCUGGGAGCGGUGAUGGGUGAACCAGCCAGCUAAAGGGAAAGGAAAAUUGCUUCCUGCUGGGAAAAAGAAAGAAAGAAAGAGAGAUGGAAGUUGUCCUCCCAGUUGUGCUUGUAAUUAGUGCUUUCACACUGUAGCACCAUCACAUCCUUUCCCAAGUGGCCAGUGGGUGACCUUGGGGACAUCUGGGAGCAGUGGCAUUCACAGCCGUGUUUCAGAACUGCUGGUAGUUUUCCUGUGCAUUGUUUUUGAUCUUGAUUCAGCAUCUUCAGUAAAUUGCUAUGGUGUCCCAAGCUUUCAGGAGUCUUAUCCUCUCAUCCCUAGAAGAUUUUUCUUCCAUCCAUCCGUUGUGAUUUGUUUUCCUUACAGAGGCUGUUUACAAGGGAGAUGGUUGAGGUCAGGAGGGAAGAGAGCAAGGAUUCACCCAGUUUAAAGCUUCUAGACAUUUUCACAGUGGUGAGGAAGGCAGGAGAAGGGCUGGUGUCGUGGAGUAGCUGAAAAAGCCAGAGUAAUUCUAGCUUUGGCCACCACCAGAGCAUUUUUCCAUGUGGAAAAGCCCUAGUGGAAGCAAUUGGAAAGCAGGAACCUGGGCUGGUGGGAAGGAGAUCUCGGUGUGCACUGUGGAUGUGCUGCCUCCCAGGGAUUACAGAGCUUUAGAGGUUUGCCCAGUGCAUGUUACACCCAAGGGUCAGGCUGGCUGCCUCUGUCCUAUCUGAGAUCCUCAAAAGUGGCAUUGCAGAGCCAUGGAUGUCUGGGGAGAUACAAGAACCCUGUGGUGGCCUCAUGUCCAGGGCAUGAGCCUGUUCCCUGUCCCGGGACAGGAGCAGGAGUCCUGCCUGUGCCCACACUGGGGGAUGCUGAGCUGGAUUUGUCUUGACUGUUAAUGAGAAAGCUUCAUAUAACGUGUCCAGAGCUCUAAAGCCAUUUUGUAAGAUAGCAGUGUCCCUUUUCUACAGCCUUAUUAAUGAGUAGAGUAUCUUUAAAAAGAAAACAACAACAAAAAAAAUUGCUCAUUUCUUUCUGUGGUAUGAAACUCGUGUACUGCGAAUUUCUGUUUAGUAAAAAGACAAUUUACAGUUUUCUUAAAAAACAAAAAACCAACAAAAAAACCCAAC